UAUUCAAACAGCAGAGAGAUUGCUGCUAGGGAGGACCUUCUUUCUGUUGGUCUUCAUCUCCCGGGUCACCCCACCACUCCAAUCUCUCGAGACAGGUGACUCUUGACACUUCCUCACCUACCUGAAACCCAAGAGACAUAUUUAAUAUCUGGGAUUAUUGUUUAUGCCACAUUAAACAAAAAAGAAGAUCACCAAAGGAGUAAACGAUGGCUGUGCUUCAUCAGAGGUCUGUUUCGGCCAUGAUUAGGGAGUUCAGGAGGAACUGGCACACCCUGUGUGACUCAGAGAGAACUACUGUGUGCGGUGCGGACGCCAUGCUUUUGGCAUUGCAGCUCUGCAUGGCAGAGAACAGCAGACAGCACAGUGGAGAAUUUACAGUCUCUCUCAGCGAUGUCUUGUUGGCCUGGAAACACUUAUUACAUGAGAAAUUGAACUUACCAGUUGAAAAUACGGAAGUGAUUGACCAUUAUGAGGAUAUUAGGAGGACUUACGAUAGUUUCUUAAAGAAUAGUAAUAUGUUAGAUCUGAUCGAUGUUUAUAAAAAGUGUAGUGUUUUGACUUCUGAUUGUGAAAAUAAUGCCAACAUAUCUGCUAGUCAACUAUGGGAUUUUCUGUCCGGCAGACAGUCUGCAGUAGAUGAUGAAACUGGUCUUUUUGUACCUCCAUCACCAAUGAGUGAACACAGUCAGGAUAGUGAAAAGGUGAAGUUACUAGCAAAGAAAACGAUCUACUCAUAUUUAAAUCUGCUGGUGAAUUCCAAGAAUGACCUGGCUCUGGCUCACAUUCUCAAUGUUCCUGACAGAGGCCUGGGGAGAGAAGCCUUCACGGAUCUGAAGCGUGCUGCUCGAGAGAAACAGAUGUCUAUGUUUCUGGUGGCCACAUCAUUUAUUAGAACACUAGAGCUUGGAGGGAAAGGAUAUGCACCAUCACCUUCCGAUCCUCUAAGGACACAUGUAAAAGGAUUGUCUAAUUUCAUUAAUUUCAUUGACAAAUUAGAUGAGAUUCUUGGAGAGAUAUCAAAUCCAAGCAUUGCAGGGGGUCGGAUACUUUCCGUGAUAAAGAUGCAGCUGAUUAAAGGCCAGAACAGCAGGGAUCCUUUUCAUAAAGCAGUAGAGGAAGUUGCUCAGGAUUUGGAUUUGAGGAUUAAAAAUAUUAUCAGUUCUCAACAAGGAGACACAGCUGUUGGCACCACUGACAUCAGUCCUGCACGGCCAAAAUCUUAUGCCAUAAAUCAUGGCACUGCAUACUGUGGCAGAGAUACUGUGAAAGUUCUACUAGCUCUUUUGGAUGAAGAAGCAGCCAGUGCUCCUACCAAAAACAAAGCAGAGCUUUUAUAUGACGAUGAAAACACCAUUCAUCAUAGUGGAAAUUCAAUUCUUACACUUUUUAGAUCUCCCAUACAAGUGAAUAACUCAUUGGUGAAACCACUAAGAGAACGCAUCCAUAAAUCAAUGGAAGAGAAAAAAAUUAAGAUGAAGCAAACCUUAAUUAGAUCCCAGUUUGCUUGCACUUACAAAGAUGACGGCCCGAUAAGCAGGAAUGCAUGGAUCAACAUUAACUCAGCAUCAAAGCCGGCCCAGGUCCUUCACGUGGAAGAUGACCUUUCUGACAGUGUAAAUUCAUCUGUUGGAAGACCAACAAUUGGAACAAGUUCUGGAAAUGUUCAUCUGGACAGAAGUAAAAAUGCAAAAGUAGAGAGAAAAUCAAGUAGUCAGACAGGAAAUAAAAGCUCAAAAAGGAAACAGGUGGAUUUAGAUGAUGAAAACAUUCUCUGUGAUAAUGAAAAUGAACCAUCUCAACAUAAAAAUGUUAAGAUACCUAAGACAUCAAACGAUUUGCAGAAUAAAUUGGAUGGCAAACUAGCCAGAGUAGCAAAACGCAACAAGUGUACUGCCAAGGACAAAUUGAUUACUGGCCAGACAAAGUUAACUCAGUUUUUUAGACUAUGAAUCUGUCUUUUAUGUGCUUUAGAUUUAUGUAUACAAUAAAACCAUUCAAAGACAUUUACUUCAUUUGUAAGAGAUCAGGGUAGAAUUAUGAUGCUUUAUUUAUUUCGGUGUGGAGUGUACGUGAGGUUAGUAUGUGAAACAUUGUUUAAAAAUACUACUAAGUCAUAAUAAUGCAGAAU